CUGUGUUUAUUUGCAGUGUGUCUUCGUCUGUAAUUGAUAGGCCCUGUAGAGUUUAUGAAGUACUGUAAAUUCACAGUGGUGGUAUUUUAACUUACUUUUAUUUUUUACAAAAGUGCUAUGAUACAGUAGAGUUAGCAGAUGUUAAUGCCAUGGUAAUGGAAGAAUACCAUAUUUAUACAGCGUGGUACUCCAGUGUCCUUCAAAGAAUACUAUGCUAGUAUGUUAUUACCAUCAUGACAGUGUUAAUGUUAAAUAAUAAUAACAACAACAACAUGCUAGUGCCAUAUCACAAACCAUAGUAUUACCAUGGUACUUUUUAGUCAGUGUAGUGUUGCUCUAUUUUGAACUGUACUGAUAUUAGAUCUAGUCUGUCUUCUGUUUGUUUGCAAAUAAUUAUGUGAUAAUGAUAUUUGUUAACAUUGCUGAUUUUACAUGCUUCCUGAGGGGAAGGAUCACGUGAGAUCAUGGACGGCACAACACUCAGUUUCGGCACACGGGUGAAGUGGUUUGUCAUUUGUUUCGCUGGAGGAGUCCUGUGUUCAAUACUUGGAACUGCACUCCUCUUCUUGCCCAAAGCUGGUGUUAAUUUGUUUGCUGUAUUCUACACCCUUGGAAAUAUUGCAGCGAUUUCAAGCACCUGUUUCCUGAUGGGCCCAUUCAAACAGCUGAAGCGAAUGUUUGAGCCCACCAGACUCAUAGCCACUAUUAUGAUGCUGCUAUUCCUUGUGUUGACGUUAUGUGCAGUGUUUUGGUGGGGCAAAAGGGGUCUGGCGAUCAUCUUCUGCAUUUUGCAAUUUUUGGCUAUGACAUGGUACAGCAUCUCCUACAUUCCAUUUGCACGGGAUGCUGUUAUUAAGUGCUUCACCUCCUGUUUGAGCUAAACUAUCCAGUAUUUCAUCUGACGACCAGACCUCCAUAGUAAAUAUGUUUUUUUUUUAAAUAUUGUUUUUCUCUUUCAUCUCCAAACCACACUGUCCUCCGUGACCUUAAAACAUUUCCUCUUUUGUCUUAAUAUAAUCAUUUUAAAUUAACAUUGUGUAAUAUUAAAGGUGCAGUAGGAGAUCUUGGAAAAUGCUAACUUUAGCCUGAAAGCGAACGUCCCACCCUCCUUGCAAUCGCCGUCCUAAGCCACGCCCUCUCACCGCAUAUAGGCUCACAGACCAGAAUACCAGAGACAACAUUACUACAAUAGGCUACAUCAGCUG